CGCAUUCACAUUCGUCGUCGUUCACGUUGACGACGCUUGCUGUAGUUAAAGGCGCCAAUAAUGGCGCACCGUGUCGUAACGCCGGUCAACCUCAAGGAGCGUAUAGCUCUCCUACAGCAAAAAGCCAAUUCGAGUUCACCGCAUGCCUCUGGUAGCGCGACGUCGGGGUCGGCAGCAGCGGCUGGGGCGGGGGCUUCAGCGUUAGGAUCACCCAAUGGGUCCGCGUCUUCCUCAGCUGCAAACAGCCCAGCUGGCUCUGGCUCAGCGCUACGGGAACGCAUCGCGAAGUUCGAGCAGAAGGGUGGUGUACCCGUCCCCCGCGGGUCAUUUGGCAUCGGUGCUCCUCCACUACAGUUAGAACAAACACACGAGGGCUCUGCAGCACGCAAACGGGGAGAAUUGUAUGGAAACCGUAUUGCGAGUGUCAGCCGCGCAACUCCCGCAGUUGGCCUCGGCUCCCCGCCUUCUGCGAUACGGCAUCAGCUUACAGGAAACGCGGCUGUAAUUUCUGCAGCUGCAAAGUCUCUUGUACCUAGUAUGAGUGCUGGUUCGAAUUUGUCUGUUGAGCUUGGGGACGGGUCGCCCGUACGCAAACGAUGCGUUUCCACGUCGGGCUUGGCGGGCAUCGUAUCUUCUUCCAGUUCUGGUGCCUUCUCUUCGAGCAUCUCAGGCGACACAGGCACAUUCGACGAUGACGGGAGCAGCGCCGUGCUUGAUGUGCAGAUGUCUACCAAUACUAUGCAGCUAUCUAUUUCCGACGACGACGAGGCGAAAACUCAAGCGCGUCGCAGCUCUAUCUCAGGUGCAGACGCAAUGCGCUCAGUUGUUUCUGUCUCUGAUUCUUCGGUCUCGGAUACGGAUAGUGAUAAUAAUGCUCGGCAACCUCUGGCGAAUGCAGAGGACAGCCGCAUGUCUCGCACAGUUGGAGAGAAGGACUCGAUGGCAUCAACGAGCAUUGAUGAUCACGAUCACGUUACCCCGGAAGAUCAACACCAUCAGUCCGUCGCCGAGCAACAACGUGCGGAUAGCGUGCCUCCAUCGGACAUUAACAACGUUCAGUCAGCAGAACCAGAACCUGGGCCAGACGCGUCGCCGCGGCCGGAGACAACCGAAGGAGAAUCAGCACCAGCGGAACAGGAGGACGAGAGUUCAGUCAAGACUCCCGUCGUUGCGACUUUCUCACCUAAUUUAACUGCUGCUGGGUCGCCUCCUCCCGCGACGUCGGAAGACGCGUCAUCACUUUAUUCGGAAGCUCAGGAGAUCACACUUGAUCCGCGACGUCAAGUCGAUUCGUUCUAUUCGGAUAUAUCGAGUGUGUCGACUUCCCUUACGGUCUCGACUUCUCCACUUUCUGCGUCACUUGAGGUUGGUGAGCGUGCGUAUUGCGAGCCGCAUAAAUACGUUGUGCUACCGCCUUGUUCCAAAGACGAGACGAAGGUAGACACGCUCGAGCAGGAUGGUAUGCAGUCUGCUGAGAGUGCGAAGGAUUCUGAGAACGUGCGGGAGAGCUUUAUUUCUCCGAGUGAUUCAGUAUCAGUCCGUGACAUCUCAGGGACCUCCGAGAGGCGGGACUCUACGCAAACCGUCAGCAUUCCGAGUAGUGUCCCAUCACCAACUUCGGCUUCACAGAAAAGCCCUCUCACACCUCAAUCUACCGGUUCAGGUUCUUCGCGUCGACGUAGUCCUCCCGCGCCCUUAAAUCUCCAGAAGGACGAGAAGCACUACGUAGAACCUUCCCUAGAACCAAAGUCCGCACCAAAGUCAUUCCAUGCUGUCGUGCAUGGCAAGAAGACGCACACUUCUGCUCCAGCACCUCCUACAACGCUCCCUCGAUCAACAGUCCCAAGAACGCAAGUAGUGGUGAUACACCCGAAGACGGGUGAUCCUGGUACACCUGGUUCUCCAGACCUUUCGGCACUCGUUGCACAGGCUAUGUAUCUCGAGCAGAGACUCACUGGGGGUGAUGGCGAGGUGAGGACACCGCGUCCUGAUGCGGAGGGAUUUCGAUCUGUACAGCAGUUGGGGAAUGCGAAUGCAAUGAAUGGUACCAAGCCCCAAACGUCACACGUCAAGUUCCCGAGUAGAGUAGGUGUACAAUGGCCUUUGGAAGAGGUGAUGGAUAUAGGACCUGCUCCACCUCCCAAAGAUCCAAGUCCUCUAACGAUCUCUCAAACGAGCACGACGAAUACAAGCGCAGGUAACCGAAAAAGCUGGAGUCGGUCAUCAGGGAACGCCUCUUCCGAAGACUCCGUACCAGUGCUUACACCUCCAUCACCAACCUUCGACCUAAGUAAUCUAAAUAACCUGAGUAGUAACCCACCACUAUUCGACAUCGGCAUGGGUAUCGGUAAUGGACACAGCUUGGAUUUGGACGUCGGCUCGUCAAUAGAACAACAUUCCGACAAACAUUCGAUAGGCUCAGGUUCAGGUCCCUCGUCGCCGGGCCAGUCGUCCUCUACGUCUAUUCGGAAGAAAUCGCUUGAUAGGUUAAGGACGAACACGAUGCUUGGGAGGAUGUUGUCUCGUUCCACCGGGAACGGUGGGAAGUCAAAUUCAUCGAAUUCAACUCUCGCAUUGGCAGGAGUGGUGGCAGGUGACGGCGGGCACGAGGCUGACUGUGUUCCCCGAUCCUGUUUGUAGGUGUAGGUCUCGAUCAUCACGAUCUCGAGCAAUUUGCGUACACCAACGAGACGAUAACGACUGCACCAACGACGACGACUACCACACCGACUUCCGAUUUAACAACAUACACGUGUGAUUCUACCCCUACUUCUGUGACGCUUUCCGCCUACCCUUCCUCCACUGUCCUCCCUUCUUCAUCUACAUUUUCGUCCCCCUACCCAUCUCCAUCCCCAUCAGCGUAUUCUUAUACGUCUUAUUCUUCUCAAUCUUCAGCGAAGAGUAAGAGCAGCACGAUAAUAACGUCGCAACAACAGCAACAACUUCCGAGAUUAGCCAAGUACGAGAAGCACGACACGCCGGACGUGCCGCGCCCCGUUUCGGUCGUCUCAGCAGUCUCAGUUCUAUCUUCAACUUCUGCAUGGUCGUCGACUGCUAGUCCGAGCCCGCUUGAUCCGGAGCUGUUUGAUUCGUUUCCUGAUGUGCCGAAGGAUGUUCCUAGGAAUGUACCCAGGAAUGUGCCGAGUAGUUUUGAGUCGGAUCGGAGUGAGGAGGUGAGGGAUCAGAUUGCGAGGGAGAGUCGGGAGAGGGAAAGCAUCAGGCAGGCUGAGAGGAGUGAGGAUUUGUGCAAUGACCAGGUGGAGCGAGAGAGAAAGGAGAGGAAUCCUUUACCACCUACGCCGCCUUCGAAGUCGCCUGUUCUGCGUAUAUCGCGAGCGCCUUCGCCUCCUACCCAUUUCCAGCACAAUCCCAACGCGAACGCACAACGACAAUCUGUGCCGUUCCCUCAUUCGCAGCCACAAUCUCCCCCUCCGCCAACUCCACCGAGUAAAGACCUCCAUUAUUCUCUAAAUAACGCUCAUCACAAUUCGCAUUCUUACAUCCUCUCGGCGUCGAACUCCUACUCUCCUGCUCCACCAUCCCCAUCACUAUCUGCCUCAGCAUCUACACUCUCCCUCUCAACAACAAACUCCCAUCCCUACUCAGCAGCACGCAAGGCCAAAUCCAAAUCAUCCCUCCGACUCCCUUCGUUCUCGGUCCGUUCACACCACCAGCGGGACGAAUCGUCGUCGAACGCCUCUAUGAACUCCAACUUAGACCCACAACCACCUCCAUCGAGCUUCCCCCACUCUCACCCAACCUCAUCUUCGUCUGGCAAAUCCAUCUUCAGCUCCUUCACCCGCUCACUUUCUUCCUCAAGGACGAGGACGACGUCCACCUACUCUCGUGCUAGGGUGAGUAGUACAGCGAGUCGGAUGAGCGUUACUUUAGGGUUAGGAUUUGGUGGUGGGAGUGGGAGUGGGAGUGCAGAUGUGAGCGGGGGAGGAAGUUAGCUAGUUAGCUAAACUAGAACGUUGAGGUUCAUCAAGUUGUUGGGUUUACUGGAUUGUCAGACGGGUUGAGUUGCUCAGAUUUUGUCAGUUGUUAUCCUUUACCUUUUACCUUUUAUCUUUUACCAUUCUUUUCUCUCCCUUUUUUUCUCUCCCUCUAUUUCGUUGAUUCGAGUUUAGCUGCUCUGGUUUUUGGUUUCACGUAGCCAGUCGGUCCGUCCGUCCGUUGGUUUCUUGCUUAGAUUUGCAUGUAUAUAUUCUUUCAAUUCUUCUUUCCUCUCUCCCAUCCUAGUCAUCGUUGUCGUCGUUGUCGUUCCCACCAUUUCAUUCUUCCGCUUUCCCUGCCUUACUUUCCUGCAUUCAUUCGUCACUGUCAUACAUUUUGGAUAUAUAAGCAUACUCAACAAACUUGAACAACACCAAUCACCUAUCACCUACCACACCCUUCCUCUCUUUACUUACUUAACUUACUUAACGAACGGUCAUAUCAUGCAUCCAUUCGCAUUCGCAUUCGCCUUUCUCUGGAUUUAGACAGGCUGAAUAUUUUAUUCACUCUUUUCAUUCUCAUUUACUCAUUUACACACC